AAUCAGUCUGCAUAUUGAGCUUGGCCGAGCUCCCGCCAACCGGCAGUAAAUACUAUUAUUUCUUUAGUGGCUCAAACGCCAGCUUACAGGAUUUGUUAAGGCACAUCUCAUUAACGUAAAAGUGCUUUGAAAAUGAGAUCAAACACCGCCAACAUGAAACACCUCAUGCGAGUAUGUGGACUAAUUUUGCUCACAACGAUAUCACAAUCAAAUGCUUCAUGGGGUUCACCAGGUUCAGGACAAUAUCACAUACAAACAGACGAGGGUCCAGAAAGAUAUUUUCGAUAUCUAACAGAUAACGGUCAAUAUCGUAAAGAGAAACGUUUACAAGAUGGAACAGUUAUUGGUACUGAUGCUUGGAUCGAUGCUUCCGGAUUCCUCAGACAAAAAGAUUACAUCGCCGAUGGUGGAGGCUAUAGAAUUCUGAAGUCCAAAACUAUUUACGUUGGACAAGGCCAGGCUAUUGAAGAAGCCUUAAGGAGUAUCAAAAAUCUGCCUUCAGGUUCAUCAAGUGAUAACAAACUUAAGUUACUACACGCUACUACUACAACAGUUCGACCUCUAGUCAAUUACAUAUCAACGACAACUGCAAGACCACUUUAUUAUGAUCAUCCCUCUACACCUACAGUUCACAUACAGCCAAAUUCCCAACCUCUGGAUAAUAGAUACGUCCCUGUUAAGGGUGUCCAAGUAAAACCGACUCCAAUUCCAGCUCAAGCACCGCUGACUGUGGCAUCAUUACGUAAGAAGCACCCAGUCCCAUCGGUUCAAUUUGAGCCUCCGUACAAUAAUGAAUAUGGUCCAAUCACUGCCGACUAUACAUCAUCCACGCCAAGUCCGAUUUCCUCAACACAACUCCCAAUAACUACCACCAAUUUACUAGACCCAUAUCCCACACACUUGUCGCCACUGAACACAGAUUUACUGCCACCACUAGUUUCACCGACAGCUAUUCCAAACGAGCUCUAUGAUUACAGUCCUAUAUCAUCAACAACACCUAGGCCAACACCAAUUUCAUCCACGGAAGCGAGUGUGAUACCUUUGAACAGCAACAACUUGGAGCCCCAGCCCUUGUAUACCAGGCCAGUAACCAGUCGACCAUACUCUUCACGUAACCCAUUUUUGCGUGGACAUCCAAACUAUAACGAAAAUGUUGGUAGUGGAUAUGAUCCGCAAUAUCCAGAGUACGAUGGAGUGGCGGUUAACGACAAUGGUUUCCGCUAUUACUUACCUCGGCAGUAUCAUGAGGAAGAGAAUUCAGGCGGAGAUCGCAGAGCUGGAAGUUUUGGUUAUAUCGAUCCAUUUGGAAUUCGCCGUGUAGUUUAUUACAAUGCAUCUCCCGAGCAAGGUUUUGUUCAUCGAAAAAAUAAUCGUUAUGUUGGAUUUGAUGCAACGCCAUAUGACCCUCGACCUCUUUAGGAAUUUCUCAUUCUUUACCUUUCCUACCUUUUACUUAUUUGUGAUGAAACCAUUUUGAUAAGGAGGAGAAAGCAGAGGUAUUUGAUAUAUUUCAUUUCUAUUCCCCAAAGAUGUUUAAUAUGAGAGUCCAUUGCAUUCAGCCGUUUAUCUAGAAGUCAUUUUCUACCAAACUGUUUCAUAGUUUCAAUAUGUUUUCAAUUAAAUAGAACCUCAUUCGUUUAUACCAAUCUUGCAUUGAAAUCGGCAAAUCUUCUAAGCUUAGAGAAGGAAGAACACUACAAGCCGUAGAUACUUAUCUGAUUUUAUUUGGACCCCAAAUUCUACAUAAAAAAAUCAAUCAAACCCUGGGUGCCACUUCAACUUAGCCCAAUUUCAUCUUCCCGUAGUAUCAAUUUUGUAGAUAUUACUCGUAUAACGUACAAGUACUAUUGAAUGCAACAAAAGAUACCUUCACAUCAAACUGCUUUAAAGAAGUUAUUAUCCUCCUCCUUUCUUACAUCUUAGGCCUUCAAACUAGCUUGUAAUUUCACGUCUAUUUAAUUUUAAGUAAAUCCCAUUAAAUUGAAAUCUAUUAACUUAUUAAACAUUAGUCCUAAGUCACACAGAUUCACAUUAAUCUUGCCAUAAUAUUCAAUUGUCCUCAGAUCAUUUAUGUACAAUUAAUAUUCUUGAUAUGCAGUAAAUUUCUCAGAUAAUAGAAUUUCAUUGGAAAAUUCAUCUAUUUCAUUUCGUGCAAAAACAACAAAUUAUUAAAUAUUCGAAAGAAUAAAUUAAUCCAAUGAAUACCCGUUACUGAGAAAAGAUUCACAAAAUGAAAAUGAUAUUUCAUUGCGUGGAUUGUUGUUGAUAAAAAGGAAAAGACCAGUUUAUGUAUCUAUUCGUAAUAAAUAAAUAUUUUUAAAAUUGUU